AUGUCCGAUACCUUGCAUAGCAAGCAGCAGGGGUCUCGGCCAACGUCAAAGGCGAAGCGGCCGGAUCGACAGGCGUUGUCCUGCUCAGAAUGUCGCCGCAGGAAGCAAAAAUGCUCCCAAGGACAACCGUGCACCAAUUGCGCUAGACGCUUUCCUCAGCCUAUAUGUGACUACGCUUUCAAGCCAAGAGGGAAACGGAAGAGCAACCCGGAUGAUGUUGCUGCGCAAGCUGUGUCAAAACAGAGCCCUUAUGCUCACCUUGGGUUGGCCGGGAUUCAAGAAGCCGUCCUUCAGCUGGAGAUGAGGCCGGGCAUUGCAGAGUACAGCACUGCCGCGGACUCACUAAGAGCACAUUACCGGCAUUGGCUACCCUUCAGGCUCGCCGCGACAAACCAACGCCAAACAGGCAGUUGGCAACCGGGUGGUGCUCUGCAAGAGAUACUGGAGAAAUACUCUUCCGAUGAUGCCGCGACGCAUUCUGCGGAUGACUGGCUCUUUGACGCGGCGAGGUUGAUUUGGGAGGCCGAGGGCAAGCAGCGACCACAGAGCAGCCUGCAGAGCUUGGACGCGGAGAUGAGGUAUCUGCCCAUGGUGCCCACCAGGUUGAACAAGGAGCUUUUACGCACUCAUUUACGAUUGUUGUCGCGUUACAAGGCCUGCAUAAGCGGGAGACCCGAUCCCGAUCACCCGUUCAUGAAGCACUGGGUGCCAUGCAUGAUCCAGGACCCGCUCCUCAUCAAGAUCAUACAGUUCACAUCGGCCUGCUUCCUGAACGAGAUACGUCACCUUCCCAAAUCAGUCGUCGUGGCUCUGCGCGGUACCGUCUUCCAAUCGCUCAACGAGUAUCUUCAGUCACCUCAAACGCAAACAACGGAUGUGGCCAUACUCGCUGUGACGGAAAUGGUGCUUGAUGAAUGGUACUGGGGUGGCACGCAGGCUCUGCAUGCCCACAUGAAAGGGCUGCGGACCAUGGUUGCGAUGAGAGGGGGAUUGCAGGACCUGGGCAUGCAUGGCUACAUUGCAAAGGCCAUCUUGAUAAACGAUGUCUGCAUGGCCCUCGCCCACGAGACUCAGCCCGAGAUAUACGGGCGCCCCGGCUUCUCGUUUGUAGACCCCAUCAUGGUCCCAUAUCAAUCCUCGCUCAACACGCCCUACUUGACUGGCUGGCCCUCGUUCGCAUCGAUGGCUGGUUCUCUACAGAUCCACGUCUACACAGCGCAAAUCUUGGACGACAUGCGCGCAGUCUUUGAAGCAGUGCUGUCUCUGCCCGAGGAUGCGACGCCAGAAAUGUCGCAAGGCGCUGUUAGUGUGGCCUCGUGGGCAUACGGCCGCCUGGGCGAGUUGCCAGAUGCAGUGGCCCUGUAUACACCUGUCACUUCGAUCCACGGAUCCGACAACGGGUCGCCCAACGGCUCAAGCGACAGCAGCUCACCCGCUGGUGCUGCAAAUAAUGCCCGCGACAGGAGUCCGCCGCCCAACGAAGCCUCGGAUCCUGUCUAUCGAAUGGUCCGCAUGGCAGCCACGGUUUACUGCCGUGCGAUCCUCAGCCGGGUGCCAACAAGCCAGGUGUGCAGCGAGAGCGAAAUGUUCCAGAUCUGGGGCCUUUCGUGGAACAUGCUCAUCGGCCGCCGGUCCGCAAUCCUGGGCAUCUACAUCUGGGUCAUGCUCGCGAUAGCACCAUCGUGCCACACAGCUGCCCCGGCCCGGUUCAUCAAGACGACCAUUGUCAACGGCAUGAUGACGGCAGCCGUCGAGAAUUGGCACGUUGCAGUGGAUGCAGCAGCUGCGGCGCUUCGAGUGCAGCGUUGGCUGCAAGGCAGCACGUCUCUCAAUCUCGUCACAGGUGGCGAGAGCGCCAUCGAGAAGCAUGGCUUCGCGAAUGUACCUGUUGCCAUGGCCGACUUUCAGAAACUACGCGACGCAAUUGCCUCCGGCUCAGUACUUGUGCCGGGGGAUGAAGGAUACGAAGACAGUCUGAAGCGGUGGAGUAAGACGGCUGAGAAGCGAGCUCAAGUUGUUGUGAAAGCGAGCAACGCGAGCGAGGUCUCGACAGCCAUCAAAUUCGCGGUCGAGAAUGGCAUACCUCUGACGGCUGCCGGUGGUGGCCACGCCACCAGUGGCACAUCCUCGAGUGAGGGCAUGGUCAUUGAUCUCUCCAAGAUGCGCCAGGUCAACAUCGACAAGGACAACCACACGAUUACGUUUGGGGGUGGUUGUCUCUGGAAGGACCUGGACGACGCGCUCGACCCUCUGGACCUGGCGAUCGUGGGUGGUACCGUGAACCACACGGGGGUCGGUGGACUGAUCCUAGGCGGCGGCCAUGGGUAUUUGAGUUCCAAGCACGGCCUGACGAUUGACAACCUCCUAUCCGUGGAGAUUGUCACCGCUGACGGCACAGUCCAGGAAGCUUCGGCGGAGCAGAACCCGGAUCUGUUUUGGGCUGUGCGAGGUGCAGGUGCGCAAUUCGGCGUCGUCACAAAGUUCACCUCCAGGGUUCACCCACAGGGUUCGGUCUACAGCGGCGCCCUGAUCUUCAUGGCCGACAAAUUGCCCCAGCUGGUCGACGCGAUCAACAAGUUCCACGACAAGGACAACCGCGAAGGCCACUGCAUUGUACUUGCCAUUGGGUACGGUCCCGACGGCCAGAGCCACAUGCUCAUCGUCUCGCCCCUUUUCCACGGCUCAGAGGAGGAUGGUCGGGAGUUCUUCAAGGACCUGUUUGAUGUCGGCCCGAUUAUGGACACGACCCAGGUGAUGCGCAUGCGCAACGUCAAUGAGCUCAUCAACCCACUGGCCGGACACGGCAUCCGGCGCCUCAUGGGCUCUGGCAACGUCGUGAUGCCCCUGAAAGCCGAGGACGUCCAGAAGACGGCCGAUUCAUUCUGGAACUUCUGUGACGCCACCCCAGGUGCGACCCCCCAAAGUGCCAUUGCGCUCGAGUUCUUCCCCAUGCACAAGGUUCGCGAGGUUGGCCUCGAGGAGACAGCCUACACUAACCGUGGCGACUACUACGACGUCGUCACCAUGUUUGGCUGGACGGACCCAGCACAUGACAAUGCCAUACGCGAGUUCAACAGGGAGAUUGUCAAGCAGAUCCGCGAGACUUUAGGAUACCGCUACGAUCCCGACAAGGACGAGAAGCAGGAUGCGCCCAUUGGACGGUAUAUCAACAUGGAGGCUGAUGCACUGCGGCCAGAGGAUGCGUACGGCUCGAACCUCAAGAGGCUGAGGGAGGUCAAGGCCAAGUACGACCCCAGCAAUGUCUUCUACAAGUGGCACGGACUAGACAUCAAGGCUUCAGGGAUCGGUGGUCUCUGA